AUGCCUUUUCAGGAAAUGACGAGCAUUAUUUCAAGCCACCACUGUAAUUGGUCAUUUGGGGUUCAGGAGAACCUUAACACAGGAAUGGGAUUCAAUAAAGUUGUACUUCCUGGAUAUAAUGGUUCGUAUUUUCCUUCGAGAGGAGGAUUGGUUUUUUCCAGUGGUAAUUGUCACAUCCGUUAUCACAGUGAUCGGAGACAUAGGCCUAUCUUUUCAAGUACAACAGAUGAUGGCAUAAAUCCAGAUGACUCAGAAGAUCCAAAUGAUGCAAAAGAUUCUUCUCCCAAACCUGAAACUGGAGGGGUGAAUAGUGAAAUGCUUAGAGAGAAUCUUGAAAGACUUGUUGGUACAGAUGAUUCCUCCUUCAGUGGGAUAGACCUGGCAACUCUUAUUAGGAACAAGUAUGGGAGGUCUUAUGACGUUCAACUCAUAAAGAAGGAGUUCCUUGGAAGAAAUCUCCUUGCUUUGAAUGUCAUGUGGAAGUAUAUGGAGCAGAGAUCCUUUCCACUGACUGAAGAAGAGUACCUAUUGAGGCUGGACGAUGUGGCAAACAACUUGAAAUGCUGGGGAGCUGUGUCGCAUAUCCGAAACAGCCUAGCAAAGCUCAAAGAGAGGCCUCGGAUAGGAAAGGCAGUGAGCAUUUUUAUCGAUAUGGACGAGUCUGGAGGGCGUGCAAAUGAAUGGAUUUACAAGUAA